AUGAUUCUAAAAAAACUCUUCACUGUAUCAAGAGCUAUUGGAUUACCUAUUCUCGCGACCGACUUAGAUAUUUCUAUUGGCCAUGCAACUAAAACUCUUAUUAGAACUGAAUUAUUCAAUGGAACUGUUGAAGUUGGAUUCGAAAAAUAUUGA